UGUAGCCUACUGUCCACCGUGAAACUGCUCAUAGAGAACAAGAUAUUUCACAUGGAUAGCAACACGAACAUAUAAAAUUAGUGGCCGAAACUGUUGGACUAUAAAUUACUGGUGUGACAUAUGAGCACUGCCCGAAGGGUGAGAGAUGAACAUAGAAGUCAGUCCCAUCACAAAGCUGUGCCCAGUCGCAGAGGUCUUCCCAUGGAAUGAGUUCUCCUACACAGCCCGUCUGAGCCCCACAGAGCCCCACGACACAGACGGAUGGCUCUCCGCUCUGCCUGCCUUCCACAAUCAUCAUCCACCCUAUCCCAUCUGUGAGAGAAUGCACCCGAGUGGCACCCAAUGCUCUGCCCCAGAGGAGAGCGGCAAGACCGCCACAGACCCUGGAGAGGCUCAGCUGGACUUCUACCGUAAACUGGGCUACUCUCCAGCGCAGGUCCAGACCGUGCUGCAGAAGUUUGGCCUGAACACAGACACUAACAGGAUUCUGGGGGAGCUGGUGCAGACUGGAGCCAGCCCAGAAGGGAUGGAGAAGGAGGGAGCCCCAACUACCAUGUCUGUCCUGAUUGCCAGAGGGGAGACCCUUAGUAGCCUGCCCCUCACCCCUCCACCAAUUUGGGAGGAUGCGGCCAGUGAGGAGGGAGAUGACCUGAAACCCAUAGUGAUCGAUGGGAGUAAUAUGGCUAUGAGCCACGGGAACAAGGAAGUGUUUUCCUGCCUGGGAAUCCAGCUGGCUGUGAAUUUCUUCCUGGACAGAGGUCAUACUGAUAUCACUGUGUUUGUUCCCUCAUGGAGGAAGGAGCAGCCCAGACCAGAUGUCCCCAUCACAGAUCAACACAUUUUGCGUGAGCUGGAGAGAAAGAAAAUCAUGGUGUUCACCCCUUCGCGGCGUGUAGCGGGCAAACGUGUGGUCUGCUACGACGAUCGCUUCAUCGUCAAGCUGGCGUACGAGUCAGACGGUGUCAUCGUAUCCAACGACACAUACCGUGACCUUCAGGGCGAGAGACAGGAGUGGAAGCGCUUCAUCGAGGAGAGGCUGCUCAUGUACUCGUUCGUCAAUGACAAGUUCAUGCCCCCUGAUGACCCCCUGGGUCGCCAUGGUCCCACCCUGGAGAACUUUCUACGGAAGGUUCCUCGGUUACCACGCAAACAGCCAUGUCCUUACGGAAGGAAAUGCACUUACGGAAUAAAGUGUAAAUUCUACCACCCGGAGCGAGUCAACCAAUCCAAUCGCUCUUUGGCUGACGAGCUGCGGGAGAAGGCCAAGCUGCCCUUGUCACAACAGAAACACCCCACCACAGGUCCUGGACAUGCCUAUGGCCUUUCCCUGGAGGAGGAGAUGGCUCAGAAACUGACCCUAGAUCAGUGGAAUGGCUCCUUGAAGAAAGGCCUCACCAGUGAGAAUGUUCUUCUUCUCAAGGGAGGCCAUCGCUCCAGCUGGAGGUCCCCAGCUAUGAAGGCCAGCACCAACCGACAUUCCCCGACCGACCUGGACUCGGCCCUGGCCAGUGGCUCUCAAGAGAGGCUAGAUUCUGGGCUGGGCUCCUUCGAGACCCAGGCAUCUGACCCCUCUAGAAACCACUGUGAUCACUAUGGCAACGCUGGGUACAGGAACUGCCAGUCAAAGUCCUCCCCCAGUAUGAAACAACAAUGCUAUUCUCUCCCUAGCAACCUGCCCUGUAGCUGCUGCUCCCAUGUUCCUCAGCCUUCACUGGGCCCCAGUGCAGGAUACCAACAAAUCCACAGCCCACACCAUAGCAUGGGCCCAGCCAGCACCCACAACCCAGACAUGAUGACCUACUACCCCCCUUGUUACCCCAACUAUGGAACACCAAUGUAUCCAGUUAGUAUGCAUCAGUACAGCCACCCCAGUGACUUCCAACAGCAGGGCAGGGUCCACCGUUCACAGCAGACCUUCUGGUCGGACCCGUUCGGGACUUAUCCUCAGACUCUCCAUAGCAUUGCUCAGGUGGAGCAGCAGAGACACUGGUCCCCUGCCCGGACACACCCGAGCCCCCAUGGGGAGGGCAGGGAGAGGGAGGACGGCAGGGAGAGGGAGGAUGUCAGGAAGAAGCUGCUGGCCAUCUUUAACGGCCGUCUGGUGGACAGGGCCAUGGACAUGUUCCCCCAUCUCAUGGACCCACAGAGACUGGCUGCUGAGAUCCUCACCCUGAGAUCCUCACAGGGCCUGUGAUUGGCUCGUUGCUCUGAGAUGGAUGGAUUUGUAGUUUUUUUUCAGUUGAAAGAGUCUCUCUUGAAAAACUGUCCAAGCUACUGUAAAGAUCUGUGUUUCCACUUUAGGGAAACAUUGAUCUUCCUACUGUAUUUGCUUUGCCAAAUGUGUUUUUGCCAAGUGUUUCAGGAACUAGGUCGCUUAAAUUGCCUCUAACAUAAAACCGGAGGCAAAUGAUUGUUGAUGCAAGUUGUAUCUAUUUAAUAAAUCUUUCUAGACCCUCGAAUGUAUUCGAUGGGUAAAAGUAAUGUAUUUGAGGAGCAAUAUUCUUACAGAAUGCAUGUUCAUAGGCCUUAGGGCACUAAUAUAGACACAUGUAUCAAGAUGAAUUAUGGCAUAAAGAGUAUUAUCGGCACAGUGUGCCAUAAUGGUGGUCACAGCUAACUGUCUAGUACGGUCUAGUACGGUAGUGAAGUAGAUGCUCUAUGGGUCAAGUUCAUUGAAGAACAUUAAUGUCCAGAGAAGAAGUAUAAUUGCAUCUUAAUUUAAAAAAUACCUCUAAUACAAAAACAUACAAAUAGAUCUAAAGUCAAUAGAAAUAGACCAGUAUAAUAUUUUUUGCCAAUACCACUAUCUACUUUGUAUUCAUACUGUGUGCAGCAAUGUGAGAGCAGAUGGCUUGUGUAUUAUUGUUAUAAUUUCAGAUCGUUCAGUGCCCUGCUACAAUGCAUUCGGAAAGUAUUCAGACCCCUUCCCCUUUUCCACAUUUUGUUACGUUACAGCCUUAUUCUAAAAUGUAUUAAAUAAAAUAUUUUCCUCAUAAAUCUACACACAAUACCCCAUAAUGACAGAUCGACAACAGGUUUUUAGAAAAUUGUGCAAAUGUAAUAUUUCUUUAGACAAAAAAAGCAGAAAUACCUUAUUUACUUCAGUAUUCAGACCCUUUGCUAUGAGACUCGCAAUUGAGCUCAGGUGCAUCCUGUUUCCA